AUGGCGGAGACGCUGAGGCGCGUGCUAAGCCGGGGCAGCGCGGUGGGGACCGGGGAGGACACGGCAGAGGCGGGGCCACCUUUGCUCUUACUCGGUGCUCCAGGCUCUGGAAAAACAGCGCUGCUAUUUGCGGCGGCCUUGGAGGCGGCAGGAGAGGGCCGAGGCCCUGUCCUCUUCCUGACUCGUAGGCCUCUUCAAAGCCUGCCCCGCGGCACCGGUGCGGCGCUUGACCCUCUGCGGCUGCAGAAGAUUCGCUUCCAGUACCCACCCUCAACUGGAGAGCUUCUGCGGCUCCUGUGCUCUGCCCAUGAGGCUCCGGGGCCUGCCCCCUCCCUACUGCUGCUUGAUGGCCUGGAGGAGUACCUAGCAAAAGACCCUGGGCCCCAGGAAGCCGCCUACCUGGCUGCCUUGCUUCUGGAUACAGUUGCCUACUUCAGCCACCGACGUGGACCCAACCGAGACUGUGGGCUCAUGGUGGCCCUCCAGACUCAGGAGGAAGGAGACAGUGGGGAUGCCCUGCAGCUGGCACUGCUCCAGCGGUAUUUCCCUGCCCAGUGCUGGCUGCAGCCAGAUGCACCAGGCCCAGGAGAGUGCCGCAUCCGAGCCUGCCUUGAGCCAAGUGGGCUGGGUCCCAGGACAGAGUGGUGUGUGACUUUCCAACCAGAUGGAGAGAUGAAGAUCACCAGGUGGCCCACCCAGGCUUGUGACCCCAGCUCAGACAAGAGUUCAAGCUCUGGAGACCAGCCCUGAACCUUGGUGUGUGACAACCUGUCUGCCUCAGUUUCCAGGGGCUGGAAUACUUAUUUCAGGAACGUGUGCAGAUUCAUCACUUAAAGAAUAUAAAGUGCUUUUUCUCUUUAGCACUAUAUAUAGGGGUUAAAAAUUAGCAUUAUAGGGCUGGGAUUGUGGCUCAGCAGUAGAGCACUCGCCUAGCAUGGGCAGGACCCUGGUUUGAUCCUCAGCA